ACCACUUUCAGCUACAUUCCUCCCUUCAACCAUCCUUUCACUCCAAACCACCAUCCACCCACCCAUUGCUCCACCCACGAAACAUCUUGCCACUCUUUAACGGCAGUAUGAUGUCCCUGCUGAACGAACAAGCACACAUGCCCGAUGCGCCUGCAGGUGACAGCAGGAACCAAGAUCAGAUCAACUGGAUCUACCCUGCAAGGGCAACCUCGGCUGGACAGCCCCCAGUGCCUCUGGGAGGGCCAGAACAAGGGGUGGUGACAUACCCCUACAUUCUGGCUCAGGCCAAGAAUAAGUCCAAGACCCCAGAACAGUUUUUCAAAAUCUUAAUGGGGAUUUACUUCACGGAGGAGGAGCUGCUGAAUGGCAAUCUCCAUGGGGGUGGCACACAUCAGGCACUCAGCCCAGCCAUCAUCAGUGCUAUCCUAACAGAGACCAAGAAACAGUACGGAGGGGUGCAGGUCAAGCUGUACCGCGUGGUAAACGAAAAGUGUGGCCGGAUGAGGGCCACACUGAAGGCCAGAAUGAACAAGCCAGUGGUGCUGAUGGAUGCAAACCAAGUUGGCACCACUGUGAGGGAGGCACUCGAGCUGAUAGAUUAGCUUAACAGCUUAAGACAGUAUUCAUUUUACUCCUUUUACUAGUGUGUUCCAAAAAUGUAGAACUACUUAAUAUUUACUAGCAUUAAAUGGUAGCUGCUAGAAUUUCAACCAGUUUUCAAUUGCAUAGUGGUCCUACUGUAAAGUCACUUGGUUCCCAUGGACAUGAAUGGAUCUGUUUAUUGUCUUGAAUAUCUUAACAGUACUCUUUACUACAUCUGGUAGGUUAUUAAUGUUUUACUACAUCUGGUAGGUUAUUAAUGUACACAACAAGUUGUCCAUAGGCAUAGAAUGCUACCUUGAGGAAUUUUGCUUUUCACUCUACUUAAUAGAAAUUCUUUGCCAUACUCUGAUGCAAAUAAACUUUAUGAUUUUUGCAGCUGAUCAGUCUCUUCUGUUAUUCACCUUGAAUAUGCAGUUCAUUCGAGAACUUCAAUGUCAAGAGAAAGACAACCACAUCUACAUACUGUACAGCUGUCGUACAAGAGCACAAGAAAUUAAAAUAACACUACUAGUAUAUGAAACCAAGGUUAUUUUCAAGCCUCCUUGAAAAACAUUUGGUUGAUUA